AGAUUUUAUUUGCACAGAUAAUAAGAACUACAAAAGAUGGGGAAACCAAACCAACUGAACCAAACCCCUGCCUCAGACUUCCUCCUGCUAGGACUCUCUGAGAAGCUAGAGGAACAGCUUCUUCUCUUUGGCGCCCUCCUGGGCAUGUACCUGGUCACCAUGGUGGGAAACCUGCUCAUUAUUCUGGCCAUCUGCUCUGACUCACACCUCCAUUCUCCUAUGUACUUCUUUCUGGCCAAUCUAUCAUUAACUGAUGCCUGCUUCAGUUCAGCUUCAAUCCCCAAGAUGCUGCUCAACAUUCAUACCCAGAGUCAGACCAUCUCCUAUUCUGGGUGCCUUACACAGCUCUAUUUUCUGCUUGUGUUUGGUGGUCUUGACAACUGCCUCCUGGCUGUGAUGGCAUAUGACCGCUUUGGGGCCAUCUGCCAGCCACUUCAUUACAGCUUGGUCCUCAGUCCUCAACUCUGUGCACUAUUGCUGGGUACAUGUUGGUUGCUAACCAACUGUCCUGCCCUAGUGCACACACUGUUGCUGACCCGUGUGGUUUUCUGUGCCCCCAUCAUAAUCCACCACUAUUACUGUGAUCCUAGGGCUCUGCUGAAGCUUGCCUGCUCUGAUACCCACAUUAACGAGCUGAUGAUCAUCAUCAUGGGCUUGAUGUUCCUCACUGUGCCUCUCAUGCUGAUUGUCUUCUCCUAUGUCCAUAUUUCCUGGGCUGUGUUUAGCAUCUCAUCUCACGGUGGGCGAUGGAAAGCCUUCUCUACCUGUGGUUCUCAUCUUACAGUGGUUCUGCUCUUUUAUGGGUCACUAAUGUGUGUGUAUUUACUUCCUCCAUCAACUCACUCCACAGAGAGAGAAAGUAGGGCUUCUAUUCUCUAUAAUGUAAUUAUUCCUAUGCUAAAUCCAUUCAUCUAUAGUUUGAGGAACAGAGACAUGAAGUAUGCCUUGGGUAAACUUUUCAGCAGUGGUAAAACAUUCUCCCUACCAUGA